GCUUGUUGCCAGAACCAUGAGCAAGCCAGGAGAGGAGGCGGUAUUCCAUACAAGCGACACCACGCCUACGCGACAUGGCAGUGUCAUGCUGACAUCCACACCUCAGGCACAGGCGAGACGGACCAUCUUUACUGCAGGUCGCCCGCCCUGGUACGAUGCGACGGGUGAGACAUCCCAUCCCUUUGUUAUUGGUAUCACCGGAGGGUCGGCGUCUGGCAAGACUACGGUGGCUCAAUCUAUUAUAGAGGAACUGGGGGUGCGAUGGGUGGUCUUGAUGUCCUUAGACAGUUUCUAUAAGGCGUUGACCGAGGAAGAGAAGGAGCAAGCGGGCCGCAACGAAUACAAUUUCGAUCAUCCAAAUGCAUUCGACUACGACUGUGCGGUUGAAACGUUAAAGAAGCUGAGGGAAGGCAAGGGCGUGGAGCUGCCAGUCUAUGACUUUUCGACACACUCGCGACUGAAGGAGACCCAGAAGAUGUAUGGGGCGAAUGUCAUUCUGUUCGAAGGCAUCAUGGCGUUUCACAACCCCGAGCUACGCGCGCUUAUGGACAUGAAGAUCUUUGUGGACACGGAUUCGGAUAUUCGCCUGGCCCGAAGAUUGAGGCGAGACAUCGCUGAACGAGGCCGUGACCUGGUGGGAGUGUUAGAGCAAUAUUCCAAGUUCGUCAAACCGUCUUUUGACGAGUUCAUAUACCCUACCAUGAAGUACGCCGAUGUGGUUGUGCCCAGAGGCGCAGAUAAUUUAGUGGCACUGGAUUUGAUUGUCAAACAUGUCAAACGGCAGCUGACCUCCAGAGGACAUAACUUUAGAGACCAAUUAAUAGGCGCCCAUGCGGGCGAGAAAAUGCCCGAUUCACUGCAUGUACUACCCAGUACCAGGCAAAUCAAGGGCUUGCACACCAUGAUCAGGAAUAGGGACUGUCCGCGAGACGAACUGAUCUUCUAUUCGCAAAGGCUCAUGCGCUUAAUAAUGGAGUACUCCUGGAGCUUCCUCCCCUUUAAGCCGAAAACUGUCACAACCCCAAGGAACAUCGAAUUCGAGGGGAAAGCCUUGGAUGCUGAGGUCUGUGCCGUGUCGAUAGUGCGCGCGGGUGUGACGAUGGAGUCGACGUUGCGUGAAAUUGCCAAAGAAAUCCCCAUUGGCAAAAUACUGAUUCAGACUGAUGAACAAAGUGGCGAGCCUGCCCUGCAUUACUACUCUCUUCCGCAACACAUCGGCAAGUACCAUGUCAUAUUACUGGACUCGACGAUAGCCACGGGUGCCGCGGCUUUGAUGGCCAUACGAGUGCUCCUGGAUCACGACGUUAAAGAAGAACACAUUAUAUUUCUGUCGCUCAUCGCUGCGACUCCAGGUAUCCAUGCUGUGGCCUACGCCUUCCCGAAGGUUAAAAUCAUCACAUCAGAAGUCGACGAAACGGUCGACGAAAACUUCUUCAUCUCCCCCGGAAUCGGCAAUUUUGGCGACCUAUACUUUGGUACAAACUAGUGGACAGUAUGGACCAAGCCUACAGGAACCAAGCCAGCCCAUUGGUGCAUACCACUUUUGGCGCCAACCCAGGUCAAGAGGCGUGGCAUGGCCUGUGAUUGGCGAAUGUCAGUUGCGGUGAUACAACGGUGUUUAGUUGUAGACAUCAUAUUUGUAUUAAAGCAAAGUAGAACCAUG